AUGAUUACAGAAAGGGAAGGAGUCCGUGCCGCGCUCCCAGCUGCAACAGAAUACUCUCAGGUGGGUACUGGUGCAUCGAUAGCUGAUUAUGGCUCCAUGAGACUAUCCGAGGCUCGCAACGUUGUUCCCACGUCUGAGUCCAUUCUCUGCAACGCUGCUCCCUUGCCCGAAUCCAUUCUCCGCCUUCCAGCCCAGACAGCAGUGAAGGCAUUGCAAGUACGGUGCUUAAGCAUCUUGGCGGAUGACUGCAACCGCCUACGGUAUAGGCUCAGUCGUGAUGCCGUGAAUCUCUUAGAUACUUGCCAGGCUUUCAAGAAAAGCGGGUAUAAGCAGGAAUGGGUAGAUCGCUUAGCAGGCAGUGAACUGCUCCAUAGCUACGCCGAGACUUUGACAGAAAUACUCAGCUACAACGAUCUUCUUAAGUUGGCUCUCCUUACUUGGCACUUUGAUGGAUCCUUCAAUGGCCCAAAGGCACCGCCACCAUCUCGAGAGCUCCUGAUAUUCUUAUCGCCACCAACAUAUGAUUGCGAGCAGCUGUGCAAGACGCUCUGGGAACGAUACAACCACCGACACGCGCGGGAAGAAACAUUGGAAGAUUUCGGCGCCAAUUUUGUCAGGCUGUUAAGCAUUCUUGAGUAUGAAUUUGGUCUAGUAUUUUUCGUCCGAUAG